AUGAGCUCGACAGAAGAUCACAAGAGUCGAAGCGAUACUUCACGACUACCAGAAGAAAGCAGUCGUACGGACAGCAAGACAGUGUCUCCAGCAUCUGUGCGUGACAGUUCGGAGACACUUCACAGUAUCGGCCAUGUCACAGUCGAGGACCCUCGAUGCGAUGCGCUUCAACGGCUAGAAAGUCACCCCUACCACCAAGGGCUCCAAUUUGAAGAGAGUGAAAAGCCGACAGCAACAGCACAAGAUGAGGAUAACAAAGAUGGCAAGAUCAUGGGGAGGACCAAGGGCAAGAUCGCUGUCAUUAUGCUUGCGCUGUGUUUGGCAGUCUUCCUCGCAGCACUGGAUGUGACGAUCAUCACAACAGCGCUCCCCACCAUCAGCGAGCAUUUCCACUCAUCGGCUGGUUACACUUGGAUUGGUUCCGCCUUCCUGCUUGCGAACGCAGCCUCGAUUCCAUCAUGGGGCAAGGUAUCAGACAUCUUUGGUCGAAAGCCCAUGUUGCUGCUUGCAAACAUCAUCUUCAUGAUCGGAUCGCUGGUGGCAGCCUUGUCGAAUAGCAUUGGCAUGCUCAUCGCGGCACGAGCUGUACAGGGUCUCGGCGGCGGUGGCUUGAUCAUCUUGGUCAACAUCGUCAUUGGAGACCUGUUCCCCCUGCGCAUUCGUGGCGCCUUCUACGGUGUGAUCGGAGGAGUCUGGGCCAUCGCAUCUUCUGUGGGACCGAUCAUCGGUGGUGCCUUCACUCAAGCUGUAUCCUGGCGAUGGUGCUUCUGGAUCAACUUGCCACUGGACGGUAUUGCCUUCAUCAUCCUGCUGGUCUUUUUGGAUAUCAAGACACCAAGAACACCUCUUGUGGAAGGACUCAAAGCUGUUGACUGGAUCGGCACGCUCACAGUCGUCGGCGGCACACUGAUGUUCCUUUUCGGUCUCCAAUAUGGCGGUGUCACAGCGCCAUGGGACUCUGCAUUGGUUCUCUGUCUCCUUAUCUUUGGUGGGCUCACAUUAGCGAUCUUCCUCGUCUGGGAGUGGAAGGCUGCAAAGUUUCCGAUCAUACCAAUGGCCAUCUUCUCGAGUGUCACGAACUGUGCGACUCUGGCCAUCGUCUUCUUGCACGGAUUCGUCUUCAUCUCGGCCUCCUACUAUCUGCCACUGUACUUCCAGGCCAUCCGUGGUGCCACACCGAUCUUGUCUGGAGUUUAUCUUCUCCCUACUGCUCUAGCUCUUGCUGUUGGCUCCAUUGCGACUGGUGUUACGAUAGCGAAGACGGGAAAGUUCCUCCCACCAAUCUACUUUGGUUUUUUUAUGAUGGCAGUCGGCUUUGGGCUAUUUAUCAACUUCGACGCUUACAGUUCCUGGGCAAAGUUGAUCCUCUUCCAGGUUGUCGCAGGCCUCGGCGUCGGUCUGAUCUUCCAGGCCCCCAUCAUCGCACUCCAGGCGCAUAUUCAACCACGAGAUAUCGGCACUGCCACUGCCACCCUGGGCUUUAUCCGCCAGCUGGCAACGACCAUAUCGGUCGUGAUCGGAGAGGUGGUGUAUCAGAAUCAGCUGAAGAAGAAGAUACCCGGACUUGCGACAGUCCUCAGCCCCCAGGAGCUCGGCAGAAUCAGUGGAGGCAACGCAGGCGCGAACACCGAGUUCAUUGACCAGCUUCCGCAGCCACAGAAGGGAGCGGUACGUGUGGCAUUUGCAGAUUCAUUGCAGCCAAUGUGGAUCAUGUACACCUGCUUCGCCGCCGUGGGCUUCGUCACGAUGUUCCUAAUAAAGCGCAAGCAGCUCACACGACAGCAUGAAGAAACAAAGACAGGCAUUGAGGCCGAGAAGGCCAACAGAGAAUCAAGACUCCAGGAGGCAGCAGAGAAGCGAGCGUCAAAGGCUUCGUUAUCAGCUGACAAGCGUGCGUCGAAGCUCUCCUUCAAGCGACGAAGCCAAGGCCGGCCCAUCAGUGGCGACACCGAGGACCCCAAGAGUCGACCAACGAGUGAGGUGCCAACAGAAGCUACGCCGCACUCGUCCUGGGAGAAGGAUCUUGAGCCGGGUCCACGACCUCCCGUGCCGCGCAUUCCGGAAGAGCACUCGUCGAAGGAGAAUGUAUCAAGAGGGUAA